AUGGACACGCAAAGUCAUGAAGCUCCCCGAUGGGAGAAAACCUUCGAAGUUGGUCAAACAUCGUCCGAUACGAGUAGCGAUCGAAAUAUGUCCAAGGGACCAGAUCGCAGUGAUGAGGCGGAUCCUCGAAACUGGAGUCCAUGGAAGAAAGGCUUAUUGUUUACGGCCCUCAUGACCAGUUCGUUCUUAGCGGACGGUGCGAUGACUUGGGGCGCGACUAUGGUUGUUCCACAGGCUCUAGAGUGGAAAAUCAGCACUACGCAUUCAGCAACGAGUAUGAACUAUGGCAUCUUACUGCAGGGCUUUGGUGGCAUAUUCGCAGUCCCUUUUAUCGAGGCAUAUGGUCGAUUCCCCGUUUGGCUUUGGCCGCAAGUCAUCACUAUGUUCAUGGUUCUGGGAGCCACAUUGUCAAACGACUGGAGUACCUUCACUGCGUUCCGCUCUCUGCAGGGUCUAUUCGGGACGGUUCCCCAAGUUGUUGGACUUCCUAUCAUCCAUGAUAUGUACGCACCAGAGGACUGGCCAAGCAUGAUCAACAUCUGGGGUACUACCUUCCUCGCUGGACCAUUCCUUGGUCCUGCCAUCGCAGGCUACAUCUCCAACGCUGCCGGGUGGAAAGUAUCGUUUGCUGUCCUAACAGGGCUGUAUGGAUUUUCAACGCUACUGGUUCUCUGCUUUGGCUACGAAACCUACUAUGUACGAGGUAGCCAUGUGUCAACAUCGUGGUUCAAGUCGCUUUUCAGCAUUGGAAAGACAAACCAAGCCAAGGCUUCCACGUUCGCGUACGAGUGCAAGACUCUUGUGCUUCUGAUUUUCAAGUUUCCCUUGCUCCUCACAGGAAUCGCAACCAUGGUGAAUUUCACUUGGCCUAUCGGAAUCACCACUACAAUCGAUGGAUUCCUCCAUGCGGCGCCAUACUUUUUCAACACGGUGCAGGCAUCGUCGUUGCGUUUCGCUGGUGUCAUCGGUGCUAUCUGUGGUUACAUAUUCGGCUACUACUUCAACGAAUGGAUCUUCAAGAAACGGCGCUUCCACUGGCGUCCCGAGUAUCGUCUUCAUGGUGUCUGGGUGCCUAUCUGCGCUAUGGCCGGCGGUCUGCUCACGUAUGGCCUAACUCUCCAAUUCGGUAAACACUGGAUCGGUCUUGCUUUCGGCUGGGUCCUAGUAAAUACCGGAAUGAUCGGUUCCACUGUCGCAAUCACCGCAUACGCCCUUGAGAAAUAUCCUUCCCAUGCUACUGGUGUAUCGGCCAUCAUCAACAUGUGGCGCACCUGUGGGGGGUUCAGCGUUGGGUACUUCCAGCCCUCGUGGGUUGCGCGAGAUGGCGUCGGUGUCGUCUUCGGUGUGCAAGCUGCCAUUGUCGCUGUUUGCAUCGUCCUGACCAUUGUUCCUGUCAUUGUCACUCAGCGAGGCAAACAGGACUCGAUUGAUGGUCUAGAUCUAGACGAUCAUAUGAGACAUCAAGAGGCAGAACAUUCUGAGGAUGCCUGA